AGCUGAUCUUUGGUGUCUAUAUGCCAGUACCAAAAUCGUUAGGUAGACUGGUGGAGUAUUGGAGGCUGUUGGUUGUUGGAGUAGUUGAACGUAACAGAAGAUAGCGAAAUGGAUUCUGCUCAGGGUGUGAAGACUGGCAUGAACACAAGUGUGUUCAAGGAACCAAGAGGAGUUAUGCGCAUAUUGCAGUUUGUAUUUUCGAUAUGUGCAUUUGCAACCACUACAGGAUAUACUAACAAAGUUAAAGUUGAGUAUUCAUGCAACAGCAACAAUACUGGAAAGUUUGAACUGGAUAUCUCCUAUCCAUUUAGGUUAGAUCGUGAAGGUACAACUGUGCAAUGUGACCCACCAUUAGAUUUUUAUUUACUUGGAAAUUCAUCAUCAGAUGCCCAGUUCUUUGUUGCUGCUGGUGUUUUGGCAUUCAUCUACUGCAUCUUGAUUACUGUGGUGUACGUGCUGUUUGAUGCUAUGUACCAAAGCAAUGAUCAUCUGCCACGUGCUGAUUUUGUUGCCACUGUUGUUUUAGCUGUAUUGUGGUUGUCUGGAAGUGCUGCUUGGGCUAAUGGACUAAGUCAGAUAAAGAUGGCUACAAACCCUUCUUUCCUUACUAGCCUUUGCAAACAAAUUGCCUGUUUAGUAACUGUUGGUGGCAGCUUCUCAAGUCUUGAUAUAUCUAUUAUUCUUGGAUUUCUGAAUUUUUUCCUUUGGGCAUCAGAUUUGUGGUUCCUAUACAAGGAAACUUCUUGGUUCAAAAUGAAGCAGAGCAGCCCAAAUAUGGCAGCUACAGCGUAAUUGGAAAAUAAAGUCUGCAACACACAAAUCAAAUCUACAUAAUACCUUCUUCUAUUCAGAGUAUAGACUGCUUUUUAUGUUCAGUCAAAAAGUCAGCCAGUUGCUAUUGAACAAUAAUUUAUUUGUUUUACUGUAGUAUUAUUGAGUCAUAGAAUUUUUUUGUACUUUUGAAUCCUUUUAUGGCAAGUGGCAGUGUUCUCUCUCGAGUACUUACGUGAAGAAAUUUGAAGGACAUAUCUUAAUAAGAAUAAUACCUCAGAAUUAUUUAUGGGUUAAUUCUUUUUAUUGAAGCUGUACUAAAUAUUUGUGUCCUAUCAUUCAGAAACAGGAGCUUGGAAUCAAGUAUUUUUGCACGGGGGGGGGGGGAGGGAAAGUUCUUGCAAUAUGGUCCUAAUUAAGUUUUCUGGAAUAUCACUUACUUUUUCUAUUUUAUGUAUGAACAUACACAUUAUGUCAAUUAUUAAAUCCAUAUCUGUAACACUAUAGUGGUUGCCCAUGUGCUGAAACAUGUGGAGCUGUCAUAUUUCCUGUCAUGGAUUUUAAUAGGUACUUACAAUGUAACACCAAUUCUCUCUCUCUCUCUCUCUCUCUCUCUCUCUCUCUCUCUCUCUCUCUGUUUUUUUUUUUUUUUUUUUAAAUCCGUGUUUUUGGAUUGUGCGUUCUUCAGUAUUUGUAUAUACAAUGCAGUAACUAUAAACUUCAAAUAGUUGUGGAAAAUACUGCACUAAUAGAAACAGCGCACACACACACACACACACACACACACACACACACACACACACCUCUCUAAUUGUUGAAAUAAGAUAUAGAAGAAGAUGAUGCAUACUUAUUUCUCAUAUUAAAUUAGAUUGAAGUACAUUGCUUGUUUUUAUUCACAUUUUGUCCCUGUAUUUAUAUUCCAAAAGGCACAAAACUUCGAUGUCAACUCUGCAAUUAAUUGUAUGACCUCAGUAGUAAUAAAAUUAAGGCAUUCAGUAUGACAGAAGUGAGCAUUUAUGUAAAAAAAAAAAUUUUUUCUAUCGAUUGCAUAUGUUAAUAUGGUGCCACUAUUGCCUGUGUUCAUGGUGUUAACUGCAAUCAGGCUACUAUGUUAAUUUGUGUGAUGGCUUUUUAUACAAAGGGAGAGUGCAUACAACAAAUAUCUUACAUAAAAAUGGAAAAAGUAGUGCAGAUAUUUUGCUCUAUCAAAGGCUGAAAGACAUUUGUUAAAGAAACCACAGCUAUUGGUAUUACUUUGACAACGUACUUGGGCAUACGGUAGUGAUAGGUUUUACAUUUCAUAUAUAGCACUGCCAAAUCAAAACUAGAAAGAUAAGCAUGGUAUAUUAAUCAAAAGCAAAUCCAUACAGAUAAGCUUAUAGGAUGUGCUCUUGAAGGGAGAAAAUAGUGUGUGGCAUGGGACUGAAUUUUUCAGUUCCAACAAUGUAUAUAUUACUGUAUUGCAGAAAAGGUUCAUUGUUUAUUUUUGGUAAAUCAACUUAGUGUAUUUUUUAGGAACCUUCUGCCUUGAAAUCUCAUUUGUCUCCUUGACAGAGUUUUAAUUCCAAUGGGAGUGAAUUAAAAUCUUCUUUCUUUAAAAUACCUGUGGCCUUGUAAAUGUCACACAGAUUCCAAAUGCCCUGUUGGUGAAUUGUACUAUUGCUUUACUGCUCUAUAACAUCUUUAGUGUUUGUAAGAUAAUACUAUGUUGGUCACUUGGAGAAUCAAAAAUGUUUUGUUUCUAAAGGGAGCUGUGAUAUGUGUUGGUAAUUACACAAGAGGGUAUCUUUUGUAUUAGGUUUUUUAAGUUAAAAAAAAAAAAUCUAGUAAGAACACAAACUGGACACAGCCUCAAGAUGAAUUGUAUCAAACUUGGAUUUUACAUUAUGUAAUACUGUUAAAUGCUACAGAGUCUUGUUUGUAAAUAAUAAAUUUUGCCCUUAAAGUA